AUUUGUAACGUUAAUGGGCAUGUUUAAAAGAACCUGCUUCAUCUGUGGAUAAUUCAAAUUUUCUCUCUUUCGUUUCAUUUCUCCUUCCUGCUCAUGGAUGACAUUUUAGCAAUCAUCGCUCUUUCUUUUUCCGGGGCAAUCGGUGUACUGCUCGUUGUUCUUGGGUGUGCUUUGAAAGAAUACGGGAUAUGGUGGCCGAUGUUUGUAUUGUUCUUUUACGCCUUGGCCCCAAUACCAACUGUCAUUGCCAAAAGGUUUUGUGAAGACUUUUCAUCAAACUCUGCCAGUGUUGUUAAAGAAACUGCAAUGUUUUUCACAGCUGGAAUUGUCGUCUCAGGGUUUGGUCUUCCAAUAGUUCUGGCACGUACUAAAAUUAUCAAAUGGGGAGCUAUGGCAUUAGUGUCAUCCGGAAAUGUCUUCAUCUUUUUUACAAUUCUGGCCUAUUUUCUUGUUUUCACUGGUGAAGAUGACUGGGGCUUUUGAAGAGACACCAGCUCUACAUGUCUCAUUUUUUAAGUGUAUAAAUUAUCAUAUUACAAGGCUGAGCUCUAAGAAAAAUUGAAGGGAGUCCAGUGUUCUGAAACUGUGAAAUCCAAGGUGCCCAGCAUAUGCUUUUUAUUGA